AUGGGAAACGGCUGCGUGUCCAAGCCUGAGUCUGAGGACAAGGGCCUCAUUGCACAGAAGAAGGCAGCCAGCCCAUCCGUAGCCAUCAUUUACUACUCCACAUAUGGUCAUGUCAAGACACUGGCUGAGCAGAUCAAGAAAGGUCUCGAAUCCACUGGUGUGAAUGUAGAUCUGUUUCAGAUCCCCGAAACGCUUUCACCAGAUGUCCUGAAGGCAAUGUCUGCUCCAGACAAGCCAAAGGACGUGAUGCAGCUGGAUCUCGAUUUCAUCAAGAAACUGCCCGAGUACGAUGGCCUGAUGUUUGGCAUGCCCACUCGUUUCGGCAUGAUGCCGGCGCAGAUGAAGGCCUGCUUUGAUGCAACUGGCCAGCUUUGGCAGUCAGGAGCGCUGGCGGGUAAGUUGGCUGCCACCUUUGUGAGCACUGGCACACAGCAGGGCGGGCAGGAGACCACGCACUUCACGGCCAUCACUUCUUUGGUGCACCAUGGUAUGGCCUACGUUCCGCUGGGAUACCAGGCCGGCGGCGAUGGCCAGUUUGACGUGUCUGAGAUCCAUGGUGGAUCACCCUGGGGCGCCUCAACCUUGGCAGGUGGCGACGGAAGCAGGCAGCCAAGCGAGCUGGAGCUGAAGAUUGCAGGCAAGCACGGCGAAGUCUUUGGCGGCGCCGUGAAGAGAUCUGUGGCGCCGGCUGCCAGUCGAGAGUUCAAGGUGGCAGUUGUAUAUUACAGCAUGUACGGGCACAUCAAGAAGCUCGCAGAUGAAAUGGCUGCUUCUAUGAAGGAAGACGGGGUGACAGUCGACCUGUUCCAGGCACCCGAGCUUCUGUCAGAGGAGGUGCUGAAGAAGAUGGGGGCCCCCGCCAAGCCUGCGGAUGCUGUUAUGGACCACGCGAAUGUCGGGAAGUUGGCAGACUACGACGGCCUGGUGUUUGGCGUCCCCACUCGCUUUGGCUCUGCAGCAGCGCAAAUGAAGGCCAUGUUCGACAGCACGGGCUCCUUGUGGCAAUCCGGUGCUUUGGCAGGGAAGCUUUGCGCCACCUUCACCAGCACUGGCACCCCCAACGGUGGACAGGAGAGCACGCACAUGACAACCCUCACCAACAUGGUGCACCACGGCAUGAUCUACGUUCCGUUGGGAUAUCAAGCAGGCGCUGAUGCAUUCGACAUGACCGAGCUGCAUGGCGGUUCGCCCUGGGGUGCGAGCACGUUCGCUGGUCCCGAUGGCAGCCGCCAGCCCAGUGCCGUCGAAUUGAGGAUUGCCAAGCAGCAGGGAAAGGUCUUCGCGGCGAAGGACGAUAGCUGCAAGGAUCCCAAGUUGGGCCAGCUGGUGAGGCCGUUCAGGCUGGUUGGAGUGCCCAUGGAUGCUUGGCAUGAGCAACUUGGGCGGGCCGGCAGGGGGACGGACGAUAGCUGCAAGGAUCCCAAGUUGGGCCAGCUGGUGAGGCCGUUCAGGCUGGUUGGAGUGCCCACGGAUGCUUGGCAUGGCUGCGAUCCCACUAAGUCCCAGGGCGGGGCGCGGGUGCAGGACGAUAGCUGCAAGGAUCCCAAGUUGGGCCAGCUGGUGUGCCCACGGAUGCUUGGCAUGAACAACUUGGGCCGGCAGGCGUCGAUCCCGAUGGCGGGCAAGGACUGCGUGAAGCUGGAGAACUUGUCUUCGUGCUGCCCUGACGGGCUGGAUUCUUUGUCGGAGCUCUGGCCAGGCGAUAUGCCUGCAGACCAAGAGUUGGAGGACGAUGAAGACGACCUGCCGGACCUGGUCCCUGGCCCUGUGGACUCCGCGCCAGCGUGGGAGGCAGGUGCCGUGACUUUGUAUCAGCCAGGGUCGAGUGCCAAUUUGAUCAACAGCGAAGCGGCACCCCAUAUGGUCUGCGUGCUGCGUCUCCUGGUGCGGAAGCUGCCGAGUUUGGAGGCGCCGGUGCAGGGCAUCUGCCACGAGCACGAGCUCCUCUUCGAAGAGCCCCGUGGCCUCGAGAUCGCUUCGCUCUCGAGGGGCCGGGCUGCGCAGAAGCAGAUUGGCUAUGCCUGGAGAACCGCAGUGGUUUUGUGCUGA